CAAGUUUCUGUGAGUUUCCCAUGGCAACACUACAUGAGGGUGUUUUCCUGAAACUAAGUCAUGCAGAGGCAAACAUGGCGCUAUAUAUGCCAUGGCUGGCAGCUCAACAGAAGGAUCAUAAGAACAGAGAUGAUUUGUUUUAUAUCAAGGGAAAUCAGGAUGAAGAUGAGGAUGAGGAUGUUGUACUUGAGGAUCUUGAGGUAAACACUGCCAGAGAGCACGCAUUUGACCGUUUUGACCCUGUCAAGCCUCGACGGGUCAAGAUUGAUGGGUUCAGUGGCACUCGAGAAAUUCAGGACAGUCCAUACGCUUCUCAUAUAAUCACACCUCUCAGAUCCAUGUUAGAGAUGAGAGCCGCCACAGAGAGUGUGAAGAAGGCUAAAACUCUAGAUGCUUGUUACACCUCCAUUCUGCUCCUGCUGCUGAAAAACAGAAAUGCCAUUGACAAGAAGUUAGAGAUGGAGAUUUAUCGCUUCAUGCAUGGAACCGCUGGUCGCGUGUAUGACCUUAUGGAACAGAACAAGAGUGUUCGAUACAUAAUCAAAGGCUUCGCAAAUACAAAGGAGGUUGGAGUUAUACGGGAACACCUAACUACAUACAGAGAUUCCAUACUGAAUUUGUUUGAUAGCAGUCUGAAUGUGAGGAGUAGCGAGUAUAUCACUAUAGGCCGAGCAAUGGCUGCCCAGGUAGAGGACAUGAUUCCAGAGAGGACAGAUGUAUUUGCUGCAGUUCCUCACAUAGAGUUGGCACUGCAGACCCUGAGCAGUUUGAACUGGUACUGCCAAGCCCUAUUUAUACAGGUAGUGGGAGACACCUUACCUCAGUUACCAUUGCUACAGAGCUAUUUAGAAAAUUUGCGCUUGGAAUCAUCAGAGAAAACAACUGUAACAAGAUUGCGUCAAAGACCAGAUGCAUUGGGAAAAAAUAUCGACCUCAGUGACAUUAUACAUGGUCAAGAGAGCGAAAGGAUUCAAAAGCAUGAACUUUACAUGAUCGAUGUUGCUGCUAAUAUGGCUGAAAACUUAUCUGUAUCAAAACUCAUUGCCAAGGACUCUGUGCUUUUAAAGUAUGUUGUGGAUACUCACCUAGACAUGGUCUGGUAUGACUUCCUGGUGGAGAUAUCAACAAAUGACCACUUCCCUCCAAACCCUUACCCUCAUUUUCUGUCAGUACUGCGUAGAUCAGCCUGCAAGAUGGACCUGUUUUUUGAGCGGACAAACGCGAUUAUGGAGAGAAUGUGGUCCGCAGAGAACAUGAAACCUGAGGACUGGGAUACAUAUGUCUUUCACAUCCCUGGUGUGGACUGUCAUGGGUGUCCCACUGCUCUGAUCGUACUGGACACUGGCGCCUAUGUACCUCUAAGUGAAGUCAUUAAGAGUUUCCAGCAGACCAAGUUUACACACAUCAAGGGACCCUACCGAGUGGCCAUCUGUAUGGCGCUGUCUGGCUCUAGUAUUCUGUAUGGGAAGAUGCAGCAAUAUCUAAAUGAGAUAGAACUACAUGAGCAUAUCUACAUCCAGGGGCCCCGAGGACAUCAGCGGAAUGUUAUCAAUAUGUUUGUGUCCUUAGUGUACUCACAUGUUCUACAGCUGAUUAAGGAUGGAAAGAUUCCAGUGUCAGGAAUCUACCUGGGAGAUGGACAAGUCCGUUGGUCAUGGGAAGAUCUUCAGGACAACAAAGAAGACUUCGAGGAGGAAUGCCGAUACGUCUGCUACAGCAAGGGGGCUGUUGUUUUGAAGGCUUUUGCUUUGAUGGACAAAUGGCGAUAUGUUCCUGUCCGGAAAUUCUUUCUGUUGCAUUACCUGUCGGACGACUCCCCAGAAGGGGAACUUUUCUACGUCAGCAGACCUUUGGAUUUUUAUCAGAGCAUUUUUAUGGAAAAAGAUAGAGCUGCCUUUCACUACCAAAAUGGUGGUACCAAGAACGGAGGUGAUCCAAUGAGCGGCGCUAAUGUACGGUCUGCUCAACGGUCUCUGGAGACAUUGCUCCUUGACAGUCAACGUCGAUGUGACUGGCUAAGUGUUCACAGAGGGCUUCUCCUGAGGAGCCUUCUGAAUGAGAAUCGGGGACACCUUGCAGAAACUUGGCGAAUGUUGCACAGUCGAGCAGCAGAGAUAGAGUAUUUGAUCUUUGUGAUUGAUGCCCUCCAAGACCUUGUCCAACUCAUGAUGGAAUACAUAGAUCAUAAUAAAAAGAAGUUAGGGGAUAAAGCGAAAAAGGGAAAGAAAAAACUAGCUGAGCAAAGGGCUGAAUUGGAGGGUCCAAUCAAAGAGGAGAUAUUUGGAAAGAUGGUGAUGGGAUUUCACGAGAAACUGCUGAAUGUCUGCCAUGCCCGUGUUGUCCUGGCGAGAAAGCACCUGGCAACUGUUAUUGAGGAGAAAAUACAAGCAGUGUUAGAAGAAGACGAAAAACUGGAUAACUAUUAUUUGGCCUACGAACCUCAGACACUCUUCAGAUUAGAGGAGAUCAAGCACAUGCUGCAGUUUAUACAAGACACAGUAGCAGGCGAUGUCCAUGCAGUUUGUCCUUAUGCCAACAAAAUCCUGCAAUCUUUGGAAAAGAAUGUGAACAAAUCAAAACAGCGGCGUGCCUCAGUUGAUUCUAUUGCACUUAGUGACCCCAAGAUGUACCAAAGGAGUAUGCGUCGUCAACCGAUGGACAAAGUCUGGUUCUUCGGAUAACUUCAGAGUCUGAUGGACGUUGUUCAGUUGCAAAUAACAGCUUAACAAGACGUUGCUUAAAAUUAUCUCAAAAUUUGAUUUUAAAGACUAUCCGCUGAAAAUUUAUCAACAUUUUUGUUUCUUUUAUUUCCAAAUAAUCAUUCAACAAGUGAUUUACUUAUAAAAUUCAUUACUUUUUAUAAAUCUUUUAGAAAAAAUGUUUAAAUAAAUGUUAAGUCUAGCAUGUUUUAAAUGUUCUGAUUUUAUUCAUACAUGUACAUGUGGAAUAGCGAGAAAAAAGUUCAUGAACAGUUCAUAAACUGGAUCAUUUUAUUUGUAGUACUUGAAAUUUCAUAAAAUUGUUCAUUAAGUAGUGCGUGAAAUUGUUCAUUUAUAAGUAGUUCAUGAAAUUGUUCAUUUAUAAGUAGUUCAUGAAACUGUUCAUUAAGUAGUUCACAAAAUUAUUCAUUAAGUAGUUCAUGAAAUUGUUCAUUUAGUAGUUCAUGAAAUUGUUCAUUUAGUAGUUCAUGAAAUUGUUCAUUAAGUAGUUCAUGAAAUUGUUCAUUAAGUAGUUCAUGAAAUUGUUCAUUAAGUAGUUCAUGAAAUUGUUCAUUAAGUAGUUCAUGAAGUUGUUCAUUAAGUAGUUCAUGAAAUUGUUCAUUAAGUAGUUCAUGAAACUGUUCAUUAAGUAGUUCAUGAAAUUGUUCAUUAAGUAGUUCAUGAAGAUUAAAUAGAACAUUUCUGUGGCAUUGGAAUUACUAUAGUCACUGUGGUUCUAAUUUUUGUUGGGUUCUUUGUUUUGCUGUUUUCAAGGAUAAAAUAAAGAGCAGAAUUCAGAAUAAUACAGAAGAUGACCAUCAAUAUGAAAUAGAAAUAUUUGUGAUCUGUUUCCAAAGGUAAAUGAAAGAAUGUAUUUGUUUUGCUGCAAAUGCUUUGUAUAUUUCCAGAACAUUGAACCAUCAAAAUCAAAACCUUGUUAAUAGAUGUGGGAACUUAUAAUUAUAUGUGCUAAUUAUUAUUUGGCUAUUUUUUACGAGAGUGAGAUGAGAUUCGAUUGUUUGUUAAAAAUUUACCAAACACUUUACAUGGGAACUGCUAGGAAUUGUCAGGUAAUACUGUAAAGUUAUCUGCAUCUACUUAUCUAUAAAAUAUAUAUCCUGUGAAAUUUAUCCUUAUAGCAGAGACCGAAAAGAAUUAAAUGUACGGAUGUUGCUUAUUCAUAAACAGGCAGUGUCAGUCUAAGAGAGUCUGACAGUUAAUAAACUUUGGUUUAAUUACAGGUCAAAUGUAUUAGGCUUUAUAUUCUAUGUUUAUAAUCUACUCUCAACAUUUGUAAGCUACUUGCGACACGAAAUUCUUUGCACAAUGACUGAAAAUCAGAGGAGAUAUAUAUCAUGGUCAGACUAAAUGUGAUUGUGUAUGUACUUCUAAACAUUUAAAUUAAGUUUAAGUAAUUAUGUAGAUUUUAGAGUGAUAUAGAAGAAUGUAUGGGUGAAGUGUUCUAUGAUUCAGGGCACUGUUCUUAUAAAGGUGAUUACAAGCUUAUCGCAGUAUAACAAUUUCAAAAUUCAGAUAAAAUUGUUCUGGUAAAACUAACUUGACAGAAUUUUGUGAAAUUAUACAAUACUUGUCAGUCUCUUAAUUGCUUCCUUCCUAUAUUUCAAGGAAUAUACUCACACAGGUUUUUAAGUAAAGAAGAAGUGAUAUUUCAACUAAUCAAGUGAUUAAGCUAAUCAGCUUUUAAACGACUGGGCCCUGGUAAUUUAACUGAAGCUGUAGACUAAGUUAUAUGUGAGAGAGCACCAGUGCAGUGCCGGGUUCACUUCUGGUACUUAAAUGAUCGUUAAUGUAUUAAAUGCCAAACAAGUUUACAAAAACUUCAUUAGUGUGUAAUUUCUGAUGAAAAGUGAUAAUUAGAAAGUAUUUUGUUAUGAUGAUGAUGUCCAGUGCUGGAUAAGUGUUGAUUGGUCCAAUUAAAUUAUGUGAUCCCUAAAAAGUUAAUAAAGCUGUGUAAUUCAGUCAGCUUAAUCAGAUUUACUCAGCCAGUGACAGCUUAUAAUUUCAUUGCUCCUGCAAGGUAUUUAAUCCAGACAAGAUGGCUUAGGAUUCAUGGAUAUUCCAUUUAUUACUAAGGAUUAAUUAACCAUAUCAAAAAUUUAAUAGUUAAUUAAGGGAGCUCCAGUAUAAAAGUAUUUCCAAGUAUGAAAAUCAACAUCUGUGUAUAAAAGUCUAUUCUAAACAAUUACUAGUUAUCUCCCUUUUUCUAGUAAUUAAUACACUGAGGUGGGUUGCUUUCAUUUUUGCGGUCCAAACAGUUGGACUAGUUGGGCCGGUGUUGUUUGUUUAUGAAAUAAAGACAGACCUGGUGAUUUUAUAUUUUUUUCACUCGAGCCUUCAGCCUUGACAAAGACUUCCAUUAGGCCUGUAUUUGUCAUCUGCAGGUCCGUCAAGAAAUGUUUGGAAUAUUACAUUCAAAAACUGACGAACCGGUUUGUCCGCAUAAACGAACAGACCCCUAGUAUACAUCUGACCAUGCAGUCAAUAUAGCCAAGGUACUCAUGAUGCUGUAAAGGUAAUGGGAGCUAUCUCACAUACAUGUAAUACCAGUCAUGACCAUAAGAGAACGAGUCAAAGAGGAAAACUGCAACAAAUAUUAUUGUGCUAUUGUUAAAUAUGUAAUAGAUAUGUUCCUGUGUAAUAAACUUAGUGAUAGACUUGAGAA